AUCUCAGGCGGGGAGUAACAAUGUCUGUGCCCGUCCUCUGGGUUAGUUGGGAUUUUUUUUGGUGCAGUAGCAAGAGCUGAGUCCCGGGUUGUUGACACCACUCCCCCACACACUAACCUGAGCCCCAGAGCAGCUGCUCAGAGCUUCAGGGCUCGGCUGCUGGAGACGCUAUGGAAAGCUUCAGGAAUAUGGCGUCCAUAGGAGAUUUCGAUCCCAUCCACGCGAGCAUCCCGGCCACCAAAGUGGAAAUCACCAUCUCCUGCAGGAAUCUUUUGGACAGAGAUACAUUUUCUAAGUCAGACCCAAUUUGUGUUUUGUACUUGCAAGGAAUUGGAACGAAGGAAUGGAGAGAGACUGGAAGAACAGAAGUAAUAGACAAUACCUUGAACCCUGAUUUUGUCAGGAAGUUUAUUCUAGAUUACUUCUUUGAAGAACGGCAGAAUCUUCGAUUUGAUUUGUAUGAUGUUGACUCCAAGAGUUCAAAUUUAUCGAAGCACGAUUUCUUGGGUCAAGCAUUCUGCACAUUGGGGGAGAUCGUUGGUUCACAGGGGAGCAGGCUGGAAAAACCUCUUGUGGGAAUUCCUGGAAAGAAAUGUGGAGCAAUUAUUCUAACUGCGGAGGAGCUGAGCAAUUGUCGUGAUGUUGUGGUGAUGCAGUUUUGUGCCAACAAAUUAGAUAAAAAAGACUUUUUUGGAAAGUCAGACCCUUUUCUAGUGUUCUUUAGGAGCAACGAGGAUGGAACAUUUACCAUCUGCCACAAAACAGAAGUUGUAAAGAACACACUGAACCCAGUGUGGCAAGCCUUCUCAAUCCCUGUGCGAGCUCUCUGCAAUGGGGACUUUGACAGAACUAUUAAAAUGGAAGUCUAUGACUGGGACAGAGAUGGAAGCCACGAUUUUAUCGGAGAGUUUACUACCAGUUACAGAGAAUUGUCCAGAGGACAAUCGCAGUUCAAUGUGUAUGAGGUGCUAAAUCCAAAAAAGAAAGAAAAAAAGAAAAAAUACAUUAAUUCUGGAACAGUAACAUUGCUUUCCUUUGCAGUUGAAACUGAGAGCACUUUUCUUGACUUUAUCAAAGGAGGGACACAAAUCAACUUCACAGUAGCCAUUGAUUUUACUGCAUCAAAUGGUCACCCUGCUCAGCCAACCUCUCUCCAUUACAUGAACCCUUAUCAGCUUAAUGCUUAUGCUAUGGCAUUAAAAGCCGUCGGCGAAAUCAUUCAGGACUAUGACAGUGACAAGAUGUUCCCAGCACUUGGGUUUGGUGCCAAGCUGCCUCCAGACGGGAGAAUAUCACAUGAAUUUGCUUUGAAUGGAAACCCUCAAAAUCCGUAUUGCCAAGGAAUUGAAGGGGUGAUGGAGUCUUAUUACCGGACACUAAAAACUGUGCAGCUUUAUGGACCCACCAACUUUGCACCUGUAAUUAAUCAUGUGGCAAGAUAUGCAGCCCCUAUUGAAGAUGGUUCCCAAUACUUCAUUCUUCUCAUCAUUACUGAUGGAGUCAUCUCAGAUAUGGCACAGACAAAGGAAUCCAUUGUCAAUGCCGCUUGUUUUCCAAUGUCGAUAAUUAUUGUUGGGGUUGGACCAGCAGAAUUUGAUGUGUACCCAACAUCAGGGCGCUAUGCAAUGGAGGAAUUAGAUGGGGAUGAGAUUAGGAUAUCCUCAAGAGGCAGAUAUGCUGAGAGAGAUAUUGUUCAGUUUGUGCCAUUCCGGGAUUAUGUUGACAGAACUGGAAACCAUGUGCUGAGCAUGGCUCGACUGGCAAAGGAUGUCCUCGCUGAGAUUCCAGAUCAGUUUCUCUCGUACAUGAAGUCAAGAGGAAUUAAGCCUUCUCCUGCUCCACCCCCAUAUACCCCCCCAGGUCACCUUUUGCAGACACAGAUUUAAAAAUAGUCCUUUCAACAUUCCCAGAUCAGCACUGCUGGCCAGAACCGUUUCCAGUGGCCGAGCCAGUUCCUUUUAUCAGGUUGCACUAAUAAAGACUUAUGGAUGUUGCCAGAUCUCCAUUUUAAAAAAAAGCAUGAAGAGUUUCUGCUGGGCUUCAUGUUGUAUGAUGUUAAGGAUAUUUUCCUCAGCCAAGUAGUAGAGAGGGGGUAUACAAGGGCACACUGAUGCUUUCAUAGGGGCACAAAAAUCCUCUGUUAUAGCUGAAAUAUCUCCCUUUGAACAGUAACCUUGUGAACAUUUCUGAAGAAAGUUUUUUUUAAAAAAGCAAUGGUGUUGGAAAUGAAAAAAGAAAGUUUAAACAUGAAUGGGAAGUCAGAUGCUCAGUUCUUGUAAAUAAUUCUGAGAAUGUGCAGUUCCUCCUUCUUUUAAUGUUUACACGUUGAUUCUUUUUACAGUUGAUUCGUUUUUAUAACCGUAUACUUCCUAUAAAAGCAGUUUUAAAUAUUGAAAUAAUUGUGAUUGCUAGUUUGCUGCACCUCCAUUUGUUUUUGACUACGUCAGAGGGUGAUGCCUGCUUCACUACACAUAAUGACAGUGUGCAUGCCUGUACCUAUCAGGUAAAUGUGCUAGAAAAAAAUAAGUGCACAAACAUGUGACCUUGUGCCCAUGAACUCUUGUUUAUUAAGUUGUCAAAAUGAUUUGUAAUAUGCUUGUUUGGAUCUUACAGCACGUGUUCUCGCUGCAUGUACAGUUUUUAAACAGAAAUGCACUGUUUUGUGAGUAGUGUGUCAGACUAAAAUAAGUACAAGAUGGCCUUAAAUCCUCAGUAAAUAUUAUAAUGACCUUUUGCAUUAUGCCUUUGAAUAUUGAAAAAACACAAAUAGUUUUGUGCCAAUAGUCUAGCGGCUUUUUAUUUUUUCCACUGCAGUGGAAACAUACUGCUUGCUUUAUUUACUAUAUUGUAUUUGUAUGAAAAUUUUGAAAAUUGAUAAGUUUCAAUAACAGGGUCAAAACACAGGGUGGAUUUUUGCAGGGUGAUUGCACAGAAUAAAGAAUAAAACUACUUGUUCUGUUACUACAAA